GUCCAGUCCGGGUCUUGCAGGCGCUGGAUCAGAGGACCGGAGAAGUCUUCCCGGGAACAACGCAGCUCUUCUUUUUCUUCUUCUUCUUCUUGGUGUGUGCGCCGGCAGCUCGGCAGCAAGUGUAUCCGGAAAAGGAGCCGCAGGUCCGGACACCGCAGCCAACAUCCGACGGGUGGAGAGAACCAAGCUGCGCAUUAAAGCUGCGCAUUAAAAAGUUUCGUGCAGAGUUACCAGGAUGCACGCGUCACUGGUGCUGCUGUGCGUCUUGGCAGCGGCCGGCGGCCAGGAGCCUGACCACAGCCACGGCUGUAACCAAGGCAGCUGUUACCCGGCAACGGGGGACCUGCUGGUGGGACGAGAGAAGAAGCUGAAGGCCUCGUCCACGUGCGGCAUGAGGAGGAAGGAAACUUACUGCAUCGUCAGUCACCUGCAGGACGAGAAGAAGUGUUUCGACUGUGACUCCAGGCGGCCUUACGACCCCGUCUACAACACCAUCAAUCACCGCAUGGAGAACGUGAUCACCACCUUCAAACCUCACCGCAAGAAGUCGUGGUGGCAGUCGGAGAACGGGAAGUCAAAUGUUUACAUCCAGCUGGACCUGGAGGCAGAGUUUCACUUCACUCACCUCAUUAUGACAUUCAAGACAUUCCGCCCGGCAGCAAUGUUGAUCGAGCGGUCGGCCGACUUCGGGCGCAACUGGCAGAUCUACCGCUACUUUUCCCACGACUGCGCCGCCAACUUUCCCGGCAUAUCCCAGGGUCCUUUGCACAGCAUUAACGACGUCAUCUGUGAGACGCGUUACUCUGACAUCGAGCCGUCCACGGAGGGAGAGGUCAUCUACAGAGUGUUGGACCCGGCGAUCAGGAUUGAGGAUCCAUACAGUCCUAACAUCCAGAACCAGUUGAAAAUCACCAACUUGAGGGUGAACUUCACCAAGCUUCACACCCUGGGAGACAACCUGCUGGACCCCAGGCCUGAAAUCAAAGAGAAGUACUACUACGCCAUCUACGAGCUGGUGGUACGCGGGAACUGCUUCUGCUACGGCCACGCCUCCGAGUGCGCCCCCAUCGACGGCAUCAAGGACGACAUAGAAGGCAUGGUGCACGGCAGGUGUGUGUGCAAACACAACACCAAGGGUUUGAACUGUGAGCACUGUGAGGACUUCUACAACGACAUGCCAUGGAGACCUGCUGAGGGCCGCAACACCCAUGCCUGCAAAAAGUGCAACUGCAACAGCCACUCGUCCGUGUGCCACUUUGACACGGCCGUGUAUUUGGCCACUGGAAACGUCAGCGGAGGAGUUUGUGACGACUGCCAACACAACACUAUGGGGCGCAACUGCCAGACCUGCAAACCUUUUCACUACAAAGACCCCUUCAAAGACAUCCGCGACCCCCGAGUCUGCAUCGCUUGCGACUGCGACCCGGACGGUUCCGAGAACGGAGGAAUGUGCGACAGCCACACCGAGCCGUCGCUGGGCGCGGUGGCCGGUCAGUGUCGCUGCAAGGCCAAUGUGGAAGGACCGCGCUGUGACAAAUGCAGGACGGGGUACUUUGGCCUGAGUGCCGACAACCCUCAGGGCUGCCAAGCUUGCCGCUGCGACCACCGCGGCACGGUGGCGGGCAGCACCCAGUGCGACCCCGUCAGUGGCGACUGCUUCUGCAAGCGUCUGGUCACCGGACGCAGCUGUGACCAAUGUCUGCCAGAGCACUGGGGGCUGAGCCUGGACGUGAACGGCUGCAGAGGCUGCGAGUGCGACAUCGGAGCAGCUCUGGACAACCGAUGCUCCAUGGACAGCGGGCAGUGUCGCUGCCGAAGUCACAUGACAGGACGCCAGUGCACACAGGUGGAGUCUGGCUAUUUCUUCAUGUCUCUGGACCACUUUCUGUACGAAGCCGAGUCGGCCAAAAUGGGUCAGGGGUGCACAGUGGAGACCAGGGAGCACCAGGCGGGCCGCCCGGCAACAUGGACAGGAAGCGGGUUCGCUCGGGUACCAGAAGGAGGAACUUUGGAGUUCCUCAUCAGCAACGUGGCUUACUCCAUGGAAUACGACCUACUCAUCCGCUACGAAUCGCAGAUGCCCAGAGACUGGGAAGAGGUGAGGAUAACAAUAGUAAGACCAGGGCCCAUCCCCACCAGCAGCCCUUGUGGAAACACCAUCCCCAAUGACGACAAGAUGGUCGUCUCCCUGCCGGCUGGAGCAAGGUUCAUGGUCCCUCCUCAGCCCGUGUGUCUGGAGACAAGCGUGACCUACACCAUCCGCUUGGACUUCAGACGCUAUCAGGACGCCAACAACGUCAUCAACGGCGCCGCCAACGCCGUCCUCCUGAUGGACUCGAUCGCCCUGAUGCCUCGCCACUCCUCCUUGGAGAUGUUCAACGCCGGGGAUCAGGCCUCCGACGCCAGGAAGCAGACGUACGAGCGGUACCGCUGUCACGAGGCGGCCAAGAGCGUGACCCGGCCCUCCAUGAGCGACACCUGCGCCAAGCUGAUCACCAGCAUGUCGGCUGUCAUCCACGACGGGGCUUUGCCCUGCAACUGCCACCCGCAGGGAUCCACCAGCUCCAUGUGCGAGGUCCGCGGGGGUCAGUGUGACUGCAGACCCAACGUCAUCGGUCAGCGCUGCGAACAGUGCGCCUACGGAACCUACGGCUUCGGACCCUCAGGCUGCUUUGCCUGCGGUUGCAGCCUGGAGGGGUCGGUCACCCGACUGUGUGACAAGUACACGGGGCAGUGCCAGUGUCGCCCCGGGGCGUUCGGCCAGCAGUGCGACGGGUGCCAGGCGGGUCACUGGGGGUUCCCCAACUGCCGACCCUGCCAGUGCAACGGCCACGCCGACGAGUGCGAGCAGAGGAGCGGCGCUUGCAUCAACUGCAGGGACAACACCGGCGGGGACAGAUGUGACAGGUGUGCCAACGGUUACUACGGUAACCCCAUUUUGGGAGUGGCGACCGGCGGCGGCUGGUGUCGCCCGUGCCCGUGUCCCGGCGGCCCCAGCAGCGGGCGCCACUUUGCCGCUUCCUGUUACCAGGACAACCACAACCAGCAAAUUGUCUGCAACUGUAACCAUGGAUACACAGGGAUUGUUAAACGCUCCAGGCUGACCCUUUGUAAGCGUGCACGCUGUGAGGAAUGUGCCCCCGGUUACCAUGGCAACCCCUCCCAGCCCGGGGGUCAGUGUCAGCCGUGCCAGUGCAACAACAACAUCGACAUGGCAGACGCGGGCGCCUGCGACAGACGCAGCGGAGCGUGCAGGAAAUGCCUCUACAACACGGAAGGACCCAACUGCUCCAUCUGCAGAAGCGGCUACUUCGGGGACGCUUCCAGGCGCAACUGCAGGAAAUGCAUUUGUAACUUCCUGGGCACGGACAGGAGCCAGUGUUUGGAUCGUGAAGACUGCGUGUGCCAGCGGUCCACGGGUCAGUGCCAGUGUCUGCCCAACGUGAUCGGGCUGACCUGCGACCACUGUGCCCCCGGACACUGGAACCUGGCCAGCGCCAAAGGCUGCGACCCGUGUGGGUGUGACCCUCACAACUCCAUCACCACGCUGUGUAACGAGUUUAGUGGACAGUGUCAAUGCCGUGAUGGAUUCGGCGGGAAGACGUGCACGGACUGUCAGGAGAACUACUGGGGAGACCCCAGGACGCAGUGCAGAGCAUGCGACUGCGACUGGCGAGGCAUCGAGACGUCUCAGUGCCACCGCGUGACGGGUCACUGCGUCUGCCAGCAGGGCGUGUCGGGCGUGCGCUGUGACCAGUGCGCCCGCGGGUUCUCCGGCCUCUUCCCCGACUGCCAGCCCUGCCACCAGUGCUUCGGAGACUGGGACCGCAUCGUCCAGGACUUGGCGGUGCGUACACGAGCCCUGGCCGAGCGUGCCAACGAGAUUCAGACCACCGGGCUGACCGGGGCCUACGAGAAGGCUUUCGGGGAUCUGGAGGAGAAACUGGGCCGGGCUCGGGACAUCGUUAACUCGCGUAACGCAACUGCUGCUGCCGUUACCUCUCUGAUGGAGCUUAUCGAAGAGCUCAGAUCCCAGGUGGGUGACACCACCGACACGCUGAACCGCCUGGAAGGAGAUCUGACCGUCGUCCAGGACAGCAACUCUGAGGCCAGCAAGGAGCUGAGUUCUUUAGAGCGAGAAGCCCGAGAGCUGAACCUGACCUCAGAGCAGUUGCAUCACCAGCUGGAUAUCCUCAAAAACUCAAAUUUUCUAGGCGCGUACGACAGCAUUCGCACUUCCUACAACACGUCCCGGCAGGCGGAGCAGCGUGCCAACCAAUCCACGGUGAGCAGGCCCAGCUUGGUCAGCCAGUCGGCGGACAGCCGCCGUCGCAUAGAACGCAUCAUCGCCGCCAAGAAGGAGGACUUUAACCACAAAAAUGGCGGCAACAAGCGUUCGCUGGGAGAGCUCAAGGCCAAAGUCAACAGUCUGGACAUGCAGAAGAUCAACGAGAAGGUGUGCGGGGCUGCCGGCGACGCGCCCUGCGAGGAGAGCCCCUGCGGGGGCGCUGGUUGCCGCGACGACGAGGGCAACCGACACUGCGGAGGCCUGAACUGCGACGGUGCCGUGUCGGCCGCCGACAACGCCGUGGAGAGAGCCAAACAUGCCGAGAAGCAGCUCAACAAAGCCAUGGGAGAAGUGGAGGGGCUCUUCACCAAGGUGGCGGACGCCAAGACAAAAGCGGAGGAGGCCAAAGGUCAGGCUCAAGCGGCUCUGGACAAAGCUAAAGCCACCAAAAACAAAGUGGAGCGCUCCAACAAGGACCUGCGAGACCUCAUCAAGCAGAUCAGGGACUUCCUCAUGCAGGAAGGGGCGGACCCCGACCACAUUGAGGCCGUGGCAAACCGCGUGCUGGAGCUGUCCAUCCCCGCCUCCCCGCUCCAGAUCAAACACCUCGCCGACGAGAUCAAAGAGCGCGUCCGCAGCCUCUCCAACGUGGACGCCAUCCUGGCGCAGACGCAGGACGACGUGCGGCAGGCGGAAAAACUGCUGCUGGAUGCCAAGCGGGCAAGGCAUCAAGCUGAAGGCGUGAAGACCACAACAGAGACGGUGAAGCAGGCCUUGGUGGACGCCAAGACUGCUCAGACGUCUGCAGAGAAAGCCAUCGCCAGAGCCAGAGCUGAUAUUGAUGACACCGAGACCCGCCUGGCACAGAUUGAGUCAGAAACGUCAAACGGCGAGCGGGAACUGAGCGAGGCCGUGGAUCGUCUGGGUACGCUGGGCCGAGAGAUCGGCGUGCUGAAGACCAAACGGGCCAACAACAGCAUGGCGGCCGCCCGGGCCGAAGAGACCGCCACCAUGGCCAGAGACAAGGCCAACGAAGCCAAGCAGAUCCUGGACGGGCAGCUGACAGACAAGUACCAUGAGGUGAAGCAGCGGGUCAACACCAAGGCCAAAGCUGUUCAAGAAGCCAAAACCAAGGCGGAGAUGCUGCGGGACGAAGCCAAGCAGCUACUGCAGGACGCCCAGAACAAGCUCAAGAGACUCGCAGAACUGGAGAAAAACUACGAGGAUAACCAGAGGAGGCUCGAAGGGAAAGCUCGACAGCUGGACGGCUUGGAAGACAAGAUGAAAGCCAUCCUCAACGACAUCAACAAACAGAUCCAGAUCUAUAACACCUGCCAGUAGUUUUUCUUUGUACUGUCACUGGUGGGAAAUACUGUACCGGGGAGAACUGAGCGUGUGCAGGUUGUAUUGCUUAUUGUAUGGUUGUAAAUGUGUGUACUGUAUUAUCAAAAGUGUGUGUAUAUUUAAUUUCCAGAUGUCAAUGUAUGUCCAAAUAUAUGUUAAAAAAAUAAGGCAAAGAAACCAUUGUUACAUUAAUAUUAUUCAGUUAUUUAUGUUAGUUAUUAAAGAGACAACGAAGAGACCAGGUUGAAUUUUGCUAACAAAGCUAUGCCAAAGAAGCUAGAAUUAAAUAAAUAAAUAAUUUUCACCUCGCUAGAGUUUUCUACAAUAUGAAUAAUUAUGAGUGCCGCAUUGAAAGGAAAAUAUAUUACUAGAAUAAUAUUAAGUUCAACAAUUACAAGAAUCAUGUAGUCAUUUUACAAGAUUUACAUUUUAUAUGUAAAUAUUCUAUUGACAUUAUUACUUUAUAUCAGGGGUCGGGAACCUUUUUGGCUGAGAGAGCCAAAAAGCCAAAUAUUUUCAAAUGUAUUUCCGUAAGAGCCAUAUAAUAUUUUUUUUAACACUGAACACAACUAAACACGUGCAUUUUAAGUAAGACCAACAUUUCUAGAGUGUAAUAGGUCUCUUAUUCUUUGUAAUAACAUUGUUAUUCUGAAGCUAACUGUGGAGGGGGCGUGGCCUGCGGGCCUGCAGCGAACUGGGGUGUGCCAGGACCGGCCUCUGAAUAAGCGACAGGUGCGUAGAUGGUCCACCUGGGCCUUGUUAUCUAAUCACCUGUCGCUCUGUUAUAAGCAGCAGCCAGGAGGAGAGGCGGGGUUGGGGCUGGAGCCAGAGUGCGAGCGAGAACGAAAGAGAAAAAGACAAUUGCUGCAAAGCAACUGAGAGACUUAAUAAAAAAUAAAACAAUAUUGUAACCCUGAAACAGGCUCUCAUGUCGGUGCUUGGUGGUCUGAAGAACCCCCAGGAGGGCAAGCCCCACACUAACCAAUAAUAAAUUAAUAACUUCUUACCAUUAACGCAACCUCUUGAACAGGUGCGGUAGAAAACGGAUGGAUGGAUUAAAAAUGCAGGAGAUUGUUUUAUAUUUUGAAUGUUAUUUUUAACACUGAUUACAAGUGGAAUUAUUCAUUACUUAUCUUGUUAAGCAAUGUCAGCUCAGAUUUAUCUGAGAGCCAGAUGCAGUCAUCAAAAGAGCCACAUCUGGCUCUAGAGCCAUAGGUUCCCUACCCCUGCUUUAUAUCCUUGGAAUUAUUCUAUUUUUUCUUGUCCAUGAGGCCUUUUUUAUAUUCACAGAAAGACAAAGAAAGCUAAAUAAUACGGUAUCAUUGUAUUACGGUGCCUUAUUUUUGCAAAUAAAGCCUGGACAAUAUAUUUUA